AUGGAUGACGCGCCACUACCUUCUCCUCCUCAUAGGACGCCUCUGUACGAAGUGGCAAAACUGCAACCAUAUGAACCCCUUGAUAAUGAAACGGCAUGCCCUGCUCUCAAGGAAGAACAACAGGGAAGCGAGCCGGGCAAGGAUUAUAUUUAUGGGGCAAUCUUCUGUUCCUUAGGAAAAUACCCUAUAUCCCCCUCCGUGGUAAGAGCUCUACUGGAGAGGUGGGACUCGGUUGCGAACACCUUCGUAUUCCCUUGCGGAGAGCGUACAAUCACCCUCUUAGAUAUGAAGAACAUGGCCGGUUUACCACUGGAUGGGGAACCUUACGACGAAUUCAUUCCAUCUCGUGCUUACAUGGAGCCAGCUAUGCUGCUGUAUCCAAAGACUUUACUGCCUCUCUACAGGGCAUGGCGCAAACUUGAGGACGGAGGAAAAGUUACUUUCCAAAAGUGGUGCGAUUACUUUCAUUGCACCCCAGGAAAUCUUUCGGGUUUUGAUAGCAGUGUACUAGUGACAGCCUCAUGGAUGACUCUGGGCCGCCAAUUUGCUUUGGCACAACCUGCUUUGUGUUCUUUAUAUUACUCUUUAAGGCUUAUUAGCACCAAGCCUAUUAAUCCUGCAUCUUUGAGGAAGCUUUGGCCUGUCCACUAUCUGAUUGGCUGGAUAGGGGAUCACAUACCGGCGGUAUUUGGUAACAGAAUGAAGCAUGUCAAUAUCCCUGUUUGCCCGUAUCCUUCAGUGCGGCCAACUAUGCUGGAUACUAUGUCCAGAAAGCCAACUCUUUUCAGUCCCAAGAGUGCUCAUAAGCUUCUGUGUAGAGAUAAGAAUAUUUUGUGGAAUCCCUACGAGCCUCUUGACGAGGACCUAACAGCUCAACCAAACUCACUUCGGACCAACAGAAUAUUUGAUUUAUCACUUCGUCGUGGUAUGCUCCCAUGGAGAAUUGCUACAUACAAGACGGACUUUUGCAUUUUGGAGCCAUACCACCCGGAACGUGCAGCUAGACAGUUCGGGUUGGAUCAAGUUGUUCCUCAUCUUCCGUUGACUAGUUUGGUAACUGAAUUUGACGUUGGGAUAGCAUAUGCUCACUGGCGACAUCUUCUACGCCCGAUAUAUGAGGACUCGCAUCUCAUACCAGAUGAGUAUCGUGUAGGACGUGCUUCACUGGCUUGGGUUAGAUGGUUCAGUGCUUUCAUAGAACCAUUUAACUCCAUUUUACACAGCUUGGGCCAAGAUAACCUCUAUGACCCUAUCAGUUUCGGGGCUAGACAAUGUGAUUAUCAUAUACACCCAGGUCUUGCUCCUCGAAAUCUAUCCUCUCGUGACUUGACUGUGGUGCAGAGGGUAGCUGAAGAACAUCUUCAGGAUUAUCUUGUAUCUAUCAUGAAUAAAGAGAUGACCAAUAAUGAUCAUUGGAAGAGAGAGCUGCACAACCUUCUGGGUGUACAGGUCGACUAUCAGGGUCAAACAGCCAUGCGGGAUCACUUUGAAACAAACCCUGUUGCCGGUCCUUCAUCCCAACCUGUGUUACUUGACAACCUGUUGGCAAAAGAGAAUUUGAUAGAUAAUCAAAUUAUUGUGCCAGUUGAGAACAACAAGAAGCGUCACCCACCCUUGAAUAUCCUUUCAAGAGAUAAUGGGGAUCCACCAGCCAAGAGAAGGCUUGAUUUUACUGAUAUGGAUGAGGGUUGUGGCCCAGCCAUUGCACUUUGCCCCCCAACGUCACUCCCGUUGACGAAGAUCCCAAUCAAGAAGAUGAAGAUUAUACAGUCAUUACAGAUUUCGCCUCUUCCUUCUAUUGAAAGCUACAUUACUACUACGGGGUCAGGUGGGGAUUUUUCAAAGUCCCCGUAUAAUAUGACUCGUGUUGUUCUUCCUGACAUUGACUCAACUGAAAUUUCAGCUUUUAUCAAUGAUUGUGGACAGCAGCUUGACCAUCCAUCCUCCGGCCAAGCGUUAUCUAAGGAUACGCAAAGCAUGGACGCGACUGAGAUCGAGAAGAUUUUCUUGGCAACAGCAUAUCAGGUGUCACUAAAGGUUCUCAACGGGCUGGAUGUUACUACAUUGAAAGACCCGGAGCGAUGUGCCGCCCUGCAACUUACUUCGACUAGUCUCCCUGGGAAUUUUGCUAGCAUUUCCAAGAUCAAAGCUAUGCUGGACAAACUGGUUGCUAUUUCCCAACAAUUGCAACUUGCCCACUCUGAAUUUGAAGCAAGCUCUGGGCAGAGUAGACCAAGCUGUUGGCCAGUUGAAGAGAGGAAAGCUGAGCUUUUAGCAGAAGUUGCCAAGUUUAACCUUGCCUUGAAGGAACUGGAGGAGAAGGAGGAAAAGCUAUUGAAGACUCAGUCUGCCCAGGAAUUAGAAGUGAAGGAGCAAGAACAAGCGCUGUGUGAUGCCACUACAAAGGCAAACAAGAGAGCCAAUGAUGACCUCCGGGCAAAGACGAUGAUGUGCAUCAGGACCUUUAUUUGUUUCCAAUGCAUUGGAAGGGCUCAUUGA